GUUAAGAAGUAGGUAAGAGCAACUAAUCUGACGGCACUCAGUACAGGGAGCUAGGCUUUGGGUUAUAGAGGACGAUAGAUACUUCAUCUGGUCUGAAAGGCAAUCAGGACAUAUGCUGUACUGGAAAGAUUGUAACAUUGCAAUAUGAACACGUUACUAGUCAUCUUCUUGGUACUGUAUGCCGGAGUACUUCCUGGAUCUACAAACGAAGCUCAACAAACCACCGCUUCAACAACAAUGACAGCUUCCACGAUGUCAGCAGUCACAACCGUCACCAGCUCAAAGCCAACCUCAACAGACACAUCCUCAUCUCCUAAUGGGACUACAGACUCCAUGCAAUCUCAAACUGCAAGCACUUCUGAUAAAAGUGUUUCUGGUACUGCAAACACAAAUGCUUCCAGUGUGUCUGUAACUGCUGUGGCCACCACAGGCAACACCACAACUUCUACCACCCAUGCAUCAACAUCACAAGGUGUUUCCAGUAUUGCUCACACAAAUGAUUCCAGUGUGUCUGUAACUGCUGUGGCCACCACAGGCAACACCACAACUUCUACCACCCAUGCAUCAACAUCACAAGGUGUUUCCAGUAUUGCUCACACAAAUGAUUCCAGUGUGUCUGUAACUGCUGUGGCCACCACAGGCAACACCACAACUUCUACCACCCAUGCAUCAACAUCACAAGGUGUUUCCAGUAUUGCUCACACAAAUUCUUCCAGUAUGUCUAUAACUGCUGUGGCUACCACAGGCAACACCACAACUUCUACCACCCAUGCAUCAACAUCACAAGGUGUUUCCAGUAUUGCUCACACAAAUGAUUCCAGUGUGUCUGUAACUGCUGUGGCCACCACAGGCAACACCACAACUUCUACCACCCAUGCAUCAACAUCACAAGGUGUUUCCAAUAUUGCUCACACAAAUGUUUCCAGUGUGUUUGUAACUGCUGUGGCCACCACAGGCAACACCACAACUUCUACCACCCAUGCAUCAACAUCACAAGGUGUUUCCAGUACUGCUCUCACAAAUGUUUCCAGUAUGUCUAUAACUGCUGUGGCUACCACAGGCAACACCACAACUUCUACCACCCAUGCAUCAACAUCACAAGGUGUUUCCAGUAUGUCUGUAACUGCUGUGGCUACCACAGGCAACACCACAACUUCUACCACCCAUGCAUCAACAUCACAAGGCACUUCCCAUACUUCUGACACACAAACGUCCAACACACAUGCAUCUCCUCAGACUUCCACAAAAGAAACAUCACGUUCUACCUCAGAUGAAACUCUAGGUGUUAUCAGCACUUCUGACACACAUGCCUCCAUCAUGUCUGUGACAUCUCUGACUACCACAAAUGACUCAUCACCUUCUGCCCCGCAUGCAACAGACAACACAUCUAUCCUUCAUGCUUCCACUACACACAUGCCUGCACCUUCUUCUACUCCAAACAUCACACAGCCUUCUAGCACAUCACUUGCAAUAACAACAAAAGACAACACAUCUGUCACGCAUGCUUCCACCACGCCAAUGCCUGCAUCUGCCUCUAUUCCAGACAUCACACAGACUUCUAACACAUCACUUGCAACAACAGAAGCUUCACCGUGUGGUAACUAUACCAUAACUCAGGAGGAAAAUUAUUUGAUGAUCAGUCUGGAUCCACCCAGCAAUGUCAGCGUUCGUUAUAAUUAUAACGGCAAAUCAGAUACUACUUUAAUCGUUGACAAAGGAAGGAUUAAUGAAUUUGAACCUUGCACUGCUGUUGAAAUUACAGAAGUAUCUCGCAACAGCUGUACAUUUUAUGGACAAAGGACUAUAACCACAAACUUUACUAAUUUUACUUUCACCGAUGUAGAUGUUACUGAAGGAAAUACUACCCUCACUUUUGGCUGGAAUACAACUGUUGAACCACAGAAAUGCAAAAUUGUAUACACAAUUAAUUGUACCAAUGGUACACAUUAUUCGCUCAAGAACAUAACAAAAAAAGAAAAUACUCUGGAUGGACUAAAUCCAUAUACAAACUACACAUGUAUUUGGAAUGCAUUCUUUGAAAAUGUUUCCAUUAAAACUGAAAAGAAAAAUACAAUGACAGAUGUUGGAAAGCCUGACAAACCUUGGGCUAUUGUAGCAAUUCCAGGCCAGCAAAAUAUGAGCUUAACAUGGAACAGUCCCAAUAAAACACACGGGCCAAUACAUGGCUACACUGUAUGCUGGCAGGGAGAGCAUUCAUGUCAGAAAAAUUGUAAAAAUAGCAAUACUACCAAAAUCUCUACAGGAGACUGUCUUAGUCCUUAUACAGAUUACAACGUAUCUGUUGCAGCAUAUAACGUUAUGAAGAAUCAAAUACAGCUCACUGGGAUAAGUGAAACGUUGUUAAAACGGACUAAAUCUGCUAAACCAGAUGCAGUUGAAAUACAAGACAUAAUUUACAAAACCAAAAAUGAAGUUCAUGUUCCAUGUAAAGGAGGUAAAAAGAAUGGUCCAAAUCAGUUCUUCAUUUUGCUAGAAGAGUCAAAUCUUAUACAGAAAAUGAAUGCGACUAACUGCAGUUUUCAUCUUCGUGAUCUUGAUUAUCUAACAACUUAUAGAAUUCAGAUUUAUGCUAACAAUGGCGAGCAUGAUGGAAUUAAAGCAAUCAAGACUUUUUCUACUGGAUAUAAUGAUAAAGCCUUAAUUGGAUUUCUGGCAUUCCUUAUUAUUGUGACAUCAAUAGCCUUACUAAUUGUGCUGUAUAAAAUUUACUUACUACAGAGAAAGGCAUCAGGGAGUUCAGAUGAAUCCUUAGAACUGAUUGACAGGGAUGAUGAGAAGCAGCUUAUGAAUAUUGAUCCAAUCUCUUGUGAACGCUUGUUGGAAGCCUACAGGAAUAAAAUUGCGGAUGAAGGCAGACUGUUUCUGGCAGAAUUUCAGAGUAUUCCAAGAAUCUUUAGCAAAUAUUCUGCAAAGGAGGCCCGUAAGCCUUACAACCAGACCAAAAAUCGAUAUGUGGAUAUUCUUCCAUAUGACAUCAAUCGAGUCCAGCUGACUCAGGUAUCUGGAGAGCCAGGUUCAGACUACAUCAAUGCCAGCCAUAUAGAUGGAUUCAAGGAACCUAGAAAGUACAUUGCAGCACAAGGUCCAAAGGAUGAAACUGUGGAUGAUUUCUGGAAAAUGAUUUGGGAGCAACAAUCAACUAUCAUUGUCAUGGUAACUCGAUGUGAGGAAGGAAACAGGAAUAAAUGUGCUGAGUACUGGCCAACACUUGAGAAAGGGACAAAAACUUUUGGAGAUAUUCUUGUGACCAUAUCUGAAGAAAAAAGAUGCCCUGAUUAUAUUAUCCGAAAACUUCAUGUUACAAAUGUGAGUCUUCUAAUUUGUUUGAAUGAGAUAAGCAUAGAUUUAACUGGAGAACAAAUGGCUGUAAAAAAGCCUCCAGAUUCUAUUUCUCAAAACUUUCUCUGCUGA